UCAACGACAGGGUGAUAUUGUCUAAUGUAAGUGAAAACAAAGUAAAACUCCUAAUUCCACGGCAAUUCCACAAUGCAAAAAGUUAGCAGUUAUGUGAGGUUUGGACUUUUGAGAAUAUGUCGUUUAAAUCAAUAUCGUGAGGGUUGAUCGGAAGCUCUUGGUCGAUAUAUGUCUUGUCCCCACUGUCAACUCUUCGGGCGGAAGGUGUUUUACAUCCGGCUUCUAUUCAAAAUACGUUCAAGAGAAUUUAUGGUAACGUCGACUGUUAUCGCCCCACAUUCGGCAGAAAGUACCAGUUCCAGUAAAUAAACGACAAUGUCUGGGAGUCCUGCUGUGGUUCUCCGCUUGGUAGCCUCAGCCUAUACUGUGGCUGAAAAGGCCGGAGCCAUUGUGAGGAAGGUGCUUCACCAUGGAGAACUUGGCAUUGUGGAAAAGAAUGGCGCUAACGACGUGCAGACACUAGCAGACAGACUUGCCCAACAGAGCAUUUGUGCUUCACUGUCCAGACGCUUCCCUAAAAUCACUAUCAUUGGCGAGGAGGACCUUCCAGCUGAGGAGGUGCCUGAGGACCUGAUUGAAAAUGGCCAAGAGGAUGAAAUCCUGGAGAAAAUCUGCCCAUCUGAAUACAGUGGAGUUAAAGAGGAAGAGCUAGUUGUGUGGGUGGAUCCGCUCGACGGCACAAAGGAAUACACUGAAGGGCUCCUGGAGAACGUGACCGUGCUCAUCGGCAUCGCCUACGCGGGCAGAGCGAUCGCCGGAGUCAUCAACCAGCCCUUCUACAACUACCAGCUGGGGCCGCAGGCAAAGCUGGGAAGAACCAUGUGGGGAAUUCUCGGAGUGGGCGCCUUUGGAUUCCAGUUGCGGGAAGUUGCGGACAACAAACGCGUCGUGACAACCACCCGUUCCCAUAGCAACAAGCUUGUAACAGACUGCGUCAACGCCAUGGAACCUGAUGAGGUCAUACGAGUGGGCGGUGCAGGAAACAAGAUCAUUCAGCUUGUUGAGGGCACGGCGUCUGCUUACGUCUUUGCAAGUCCAGGGACCAAGAAGUGGGACACGUGUGCCCCUGAAGUCAUCCUGCAUUGUGUCGGGGGGAAACUGACGGACGUGCAUAACAAGGCAUAUCGCUACGACGCUAACGUGAAGCACAUGAACUCUGCAGGCGUGCUCGCAACACUAAGGAACCACGACGACUACGUCAGCAGAGUCCCUCAGUCGGUGCUGCGAGCCCUCUCGUCUGACUGAACCUCCUCCACCGUAUCCCUCGCUUGAAAAAGUUUGGACAUUCCUGGUUUAGAAGUUCCUGGUGGAUAAUCUGAAGUCCUCUAAAGUCCAUGUGGCACUCUGUCCCAAGUUUUUAAUUUUUUUUUUUUUUUUCCUGUUGGCUGACGUUGAUAGUAAUGUAAGUUGCAAGUGAGUAUGAUAAAUAUGUUUUAGGGAAUCACGUAACCUCAAAGAGUUUCCAACUAAAUACCACUAAUUAUGUUUUAAAAAUGUACAAAUUCAACUAAAAAUGGCUGUAAAGACAUCUUAAAUGGUAGAAGUCAUAUUUCUGUAAAACCAAUUUGAUUAAAGUUGACCAUCUUCAUGUUUAUUUCAAAUCCACUGUGGUUGUGUAUAAUGGAAAAAAAUCCAGUCUUAAUUAUGGACCAACCUGGAAUAGACUAGCAGGACAUCAAAUACUUAUUACCCCACCAGGGGCGCCGCUAGGGAUUUUGGGCCCCAUGAAAAGAAUCUUUACAGGGCCCCCAACACAGUGUCAUUAUUUUUUCUGUAUUAUAAUUUUAUCAUCAUUAGGGGCCUCUCUGGGCCCCCCUCCAUCAUGGGCCCCUAGAAUCCGUCUCCUUUACCCCCCCUCUUCGGCGCCCCUGUACCCCACUAUGUGAGUACAGAACUGUAGAUGUUCAAAUGACAUGCAUUUGCAAGUAGAAAGUGUCCAAAAGGUUUACAAAGCCUUAAAAUGUAAAGGAUUAACGUAUAAGCCCUUUGAGACACUUGUGAUUUAGGGCUAUAUAAAUAAACAUUGAUUGAUUGAUUGAUAAAAACUGCUGCAAUAAAUGAGAGAACAUG